AUGGACCUUGAAGGAAUUGUGGGCGUCUUCUUGCGGGACGUCCAGCCUGAAAAAAUCGCGAUGGGCGUUUGGGAGAACUCUCACAUCGUCUACUACUUUAUGGACUUUGGUUUGGCGAAGCUUUACGCUGACCCAUCCACAGGAACACACGGCGUUGUGAAGGCCACGUUGGCCUUGGAACUCCGCGAUAUGCAAGCUAUAACGUGCAUUAUGGACGAGAACAAGGACGACGAGACGAUCUUGAAGCAUUGGGCAUCAUCCUACUAUUUCUUUUGCAUGGACGUCCGCCUUAGCAAGGCGCCCACCCACCAAGCCUCGAGGCCAAACUACUUCGAAUGGGGGAGAUGA